GCCCCUACUCCACACUCCUUACGAGAAGAGGGUAGCAGACAAAACAAAUGAGUAGCUAAAGUCGCCGUAUAUUACUAUGUAAAUAAAACACUAGAUCAGCUUAUUUUGUACCGGCAAUCAAAUACUAUACAGCUAACACUAACUUUGUGCUCUCUGUUUUCUUGUAUUUGACAAUCCCGAGAAAAGAAAGAACUGGUUAGGUUUAGGAUUUAAUUUCCAAUGGGGUGAGGCUUUUUGGUCGAAACAGAAAGAUGGGGUUGUCUCGGGAUGCAAAAGGUGGUCGGAGACUACCCUGGUAAAUCAACGGGGAUUAAUGAAUAACAAGGUAAUUAAUUGUGGAAGCUAUCAAGUAUUAGGAUUCGUGUUCGUGUUUUGAGAAAGGAAAUGGGAUCGGAGGGGCCAAAAUCUGUGACCAUCCAUGUGACGGGGUUCAAGAAAUUUCACGGUGUUGCUCAGAAUCCUACGGAGACAACAGUUAAUAGCUUGAAAGAUUAUGUUGAAAAGAGAGGAUUACCUGCUGGUGUGACCUUGGGUAGCUGUACUGUUCUUGAAACUGCUGGAGAGGGUGGACUUCCAACAUUGUUGAAGGUCAUAGAGUCAGAGUCCUCUUCAGAAAACAGUUCAAAUAAUGGACAAGUCGUAUGGCUUCACCUUGGAGUAAACAGUGGAUCAACAAAGUUUGCAAUUGAGAGGCUGGCAGUGAAUGAAGCCACAUUUCGUUGUGCAGAUGAGCUUGGUUGGCAACCUCAGCGAUUGCCUAUUGCUCCGGAAGAUGGAGGAAUAAAUCAAGCUAGAAAGACAUCUUGCUCUGCCGAGGGAAUUCUGGAAUUCUUAAAGAAGAAAGGCUUUGAAGUAACAAUGUCUGACGAUGCAGGCCGUUUUGUGUGCAAUUAUGUAUAUUACCAUUCUCUCCGGUUUGCAGAGAAAAAAGGUCACAAGUCUAUCUUUGUCCAUGUUCCUACCUUUAACAGAGUGAAUCAGGAAACACAAAUGGAAUUUGUAGUUGCUCUUCUGGAGGCUAUUGCAUCAACUUGUUGAUAUCAUCACCGGCUUCACAUUUUUCGGCUGUUUUAUGUAUUCUGGUUUACCUGUAAAUAGAGACUUUGAUGUGCAAUGAAUUUCAAUUAUUUGGACUUGCAUGUUUCCAUUGAAAUUCUUGGUUUGUGAAAGGGCUUUCUGUUAAUUUAUUACUAUUGAAAUUCUUGGUUUGUGAUACUGUUGUUGACACUUGACUAUGAUGAUGAAAGUCAUUUCAAUUCCCUUUA